AUGCGUGGCAGAAUGAAGAAGAAAGCUCCAAAAGGCUCUGCUCAAGGCACUGCUGCACUUUUUGACUUCGCCGCGAGGCGCGAAUUCAUCACAGGAGCAUCGAAACGCAAGGAACAACGCAGGAAGGAGGCCGAGACCAGAGCCCUCGAAAAGCAAAAGGAGGAGAGGCGGCUGCUGCGAGCACAGCGCCGAGAGAAGAUAAGAGAGCACAUCAACUACAUACAACGCAGCCAACGGCUAGCGGAGGCAGCAGCGAAAGCUGCUUCUUCUCUCCAGUCCAAAAGCCAGAAAUUUGUCGGUCGUGAUCCCCGAGGUGGCCACGGCAGUAUUAGCAGCCAACCGAAGAAGCGCAAAGGAAUUGCAGAUGAUGCUGGUGAGGAGGGCUGGAAGAAGUCGAAGCCACAGCCAGCCCUGACAAGUGAAGUCGUUAAGGCUUUGGAAGACUUUGCGAUUGAUGGGGGCGACGUGGAGAGGCAGAAGGUAACGAACCUCCGGCAGCAGCAGCAGCAACGCCGGCCGCCAGGGCUCGCCAGGCUCUUCAGACCCACUCUGAGGAUUCCGUUUGCUCAGAAGAGAACCAAUUCAAGCGCCUCCCCACAUCAGUCACGCCGCAAGUGGCCACGACUGCUAAAAGACUGCACCAUGGUGCACAGAGAGGUGCGAGAGCGGGCAGACAAAGGCAUCAAGAGAAAAGGCACAAGUCUCGAAGGCCUCGUAAAAAGUGCAAAUGAAUCCAAUUGCAAGUUGCUCCCUGUGCAGUAG